AUGGAUCAGCACACGCAGUAUCACGGCCUCCAGCCUGGCACAGGUCAGGAUGAUGCCCUGGCAGCACAGAUGGGAAGCAUGGACAUCAGGGGACACGAAGGCCAGCAGCAGUAUCAGCAGCCUCCGCGGGGAGCUGGAACGCCGGACAGCUAUGCCUCUCAUCCUCAGGGCGGUGGCACGGCCCGACGCAAAAAGGACAGGCACGCCUACCACACCAUCGAAGCUGCGGGGUCGUCGCAGCCGUUCAACGGAAUGCCCCCGCCCGGGAUGCCGCAGUCCCAGUUCCUCGACAGCCCUGCCACUGGCGGCAUGCCGCCCCAGGCAUUCUCCCCCCAGGCCGGAUACGGCUUUGUGCCGUCACCCGCGGCCGUCGCUCAGCAGCAGCAGUUCCAGCAGCAGCAGUCCAUGUCCCCGGGCUUCUUCCCGCCCGCCGUCGGUGGCGGCGUCCCCGGGAUGGCAGACGCUGGCGCCAACAUGGCCGCGGCGGGAGGCGCCGGAGGGCCGGCCAAGGUGUCGCCUGACGACCUGCCCAGCGUGCCGCUGUCGCGCGACGGCGUGCAGCCCUUCUUCCUCAGGAACGUGUACCCCACGUUCGAGAAGCACGUGCCGCCGCCGGCGUCGCUGUCCUUUGUCGCAUUCGACCAGGGCAACGCGUCGCCCAAGUUUGCCCGCCUCACGGCCAACAACAUACCUUCCACCAGCGAAGGACUGCAGGCCACGGGCAUACCGCUCGGCCUCGUCCUGCAGCCCCUGGCCCCCCUGCAACCGGGCGAGGCCGAGAUCCCCAUCCUCGACUUUGGCGACGUCGGCCCGCCCCGGUGCCGCAGGUGCCGCGCUUACAUCAACCCCUUCAUGAUGUUCCGGUCCGGCGGAACUAAGUACGUAUGCAACCUGUGCACGCAUCCCAACGAGACGCCACCCGAGUACUUCUGCGCCACCAACCCCCAGGGCGUCCGCGUCGACAGGGACCAGCGCCCGGAGCUGCAUCGCGGCACCGUCGAGUUCAUCGUCCCCAAGGAGUACUGGACCAGGGACCCCGUUCCCAUGAGGUGGCUGUUUGUCAUUGACGUCACCCAGGAGGCGUACAACAAAGGCUUUCUCGAGGCCUUCUGCGACGGUAUCCUGAAUGCCCUGUACGGCGGCGAGACGGAUGGCGAUGACGGAGCCGAGCCCGUCAGGAGGAUACCCCAGGGGGCCAAGGUUGGCUUCCUCAGCUAUGAUAAGGAAAUCCACUUCUACAACAUCAAUCCCUCUCUAGACUCGGCACAGAUGAUGAUCAUGCCCGACAUCGAAGACCCCUUUGUCCCUCUGGGAGAGGGCCUGUUUGUCGACCCGUACGAGUGCAAGGACGUCAUCUCGUCGCUGCUGAACCGCCUGCCCAACAUGUUCUCGACAGUCAAGAACCCCGAGCCCGCGCUGCUGGCGACGCUCAACGCGACGCUGGCGGCGCUGGAGAAGACGGGCGGCAAAGCCAUCUGCGCGUCGUCGGCAUUGCCCACGGUGGGCCCCGGAGCGCUCUUCAUGAGGGACGAUGGGUCGCAUCCGGGCGGCGAGACGGACAAGAAGCUGUACACGACGGAGCACCCGGGGUGGCGCAAGGUGGCAGAGAAGAUGGUGGCGGCGGGCGUCGGCGUCGACUUCUUCUUCGCGUCACCCAACGGCGGGUACCUGGACAUUGCGACGGUGGGCCACGUGUCGAGCACGACGGGCGGCGAGACGUACUACUACCCCAACUUCAUCGCGGCGCGGGACGGGCUCAAGCUGUCGGAGGAGCUGUCGCACGCCGUGACGCGCGAGACGGGGUACCAGGCGCUGAUGAAGGUGCGGUGCUCCAACGGGCUGCAGAUCUCUGCGUACCACGGGCACUUUGUGCAGCACACGUUCGGCGCGGACCUGGAGCUGGGCGUGGUGGACGCGGACAAGGCGCUAGGGGUGACGUUUGCGUACGACGGCAAGCUGGACGCGCAGCUGGACGCGCACUUCCAGUCGGCGCUGCUGUACACGGCGGCGUCGGGCCAGCGGCGUGUGCGGUGCACCAACGUCAUCGCCAGCGUGUCGGACACAUCCAAGGACUCGGGCACGCGCGAGCAGGGAAUCCGCGACUGCAUGAAGUUUGUCGACCAGGACGCGGUGCUGUCCAUGCUGGCCAAGGAGGCGUGCACCAAGUUCGGCACGACAUCGGCCAACCUGCGCGACACGCGCAACUGGCUGACGGAGCGCACGAUCGACAUACUGACGGCCUACCGCAAGCACGCGCCCGUGCAGCACGCGCCCAGCCAGCUCGUGAUGCCGGAGCGGCUGAAGGAGCUGAGCAUGUACGUCCUCGGACUGAUCAAGUCGCGGGCCCUGAAGGCCGGCAUCGAGACGUCGGACCGCCGCGUCUACGAGAUGCGCCUCGUCCGGUCCAUGGGCCCGGCCGAACUGAGCGUGUACCUCUACCCGCGCAUGGUGGCCCUGCACAACCUCCAGCCCGAGGAGGGCUUCGCGGACCCGGAGACGGGCCACCUCAAGAUGCCGCCGGCCGUCCGGCUGUCGUACUCGCGCGUCGAGCCGGGGGGCGUGUACCUGGUCGACAACGGCCAGCAGUGCCUCCUGUGGCUCCACGCCCAGACGUCGCCCAACCUGAUCGCCGACCUCUUCGGCGCCGAGAAGACGACGCUCAAGAGCCUCGACCCGUACACGUCGUCCCUGCCGGUCCUCGAGACCCACCUCAACGCCCAGGUCAGGAACAUACUCGAGUUCCUGCGCAGCAUGCGCGGAUCAAAGGGUCUCACCAUCCAGCUCGCCAGGCAAGGGCUGGACGGGGCUGAGCUCGAGUUCGCCAGGCUACUAUUCGAGGACAGGAAUAAUGAGGCUCAGAGCUACGUUGACUGGCUUGUCCACGUUCACAAGAAUGUCCAACUAGAGUUGAGCGGUCGUCGGAAAAAGGAAUCGGAAGCAGAUAUGGCGUCGUCUGCGUUGGGUGGACUAACAGGGUUGAGACCGUCAUACUGGUAG